UUGCUAAAUGUUGAAAACCCUUUUACUUUAACACUCUUCACCACAAUCAAGAACAUACUCUUAGGAUCGACUAAAAUUAACUUAACACCAAUCGUAUUUCAACUCACAAACAAUCGAACCGAAAUAGCUCUACCUCAAGCUCACACCCCAUCAAAAUUUUCCAAACGAAUAAAGCGCUUGACCAAAGCGUCCAACCUCCCCAACACGCGCCUUGCCCUCUCCACGGCUUCACUGAAAACAGCCUCUCUUUCUUCUUCCAUAUCCAGCCCAAUUACCUCGAUCGAAACGACGCCGUUCAAGGAUCGUCUGAUCUCGUCCGCCGCAAUCCUCAAGCGCUCCUCAUCUCCCAUCAAAACCAACCUUCGCAAAGCACAAUUCGUCUGUAUUAAGCAUAAUUCCAUUUUUUUUUCUUUAAUUAAAUAUAAAGAUAAAGAUGCUGCGAGGACUUACCGGCAACCACGCUGGGCUAAAUGGCGGGCGAUGUUGAUGGAAACCUCGUCGCCGCUUGAGGUUAGCAAAAGUUUCUUUACUGGAUUUGCCAUUUUCACAGUUUGA